GACUUUGACAUUAACAAAACAGGUGUGAGGUGUGCAAGCACAAGCAGCCAGCAGCAAGCUAACUUGUAGAUCACGGCAAUUAUUUAAAUUGACCACGAGAUUGACUGCAAUCAGCUUAGAUUCAAUUGAACAGAAAUUAUGGCACCGACGGCCGCUGCUGUAAGACCUAAGCCAGAUGAAGACCCUACCGGUAUUAGAGCUGUGUUACUGGGACCACCAGGAUCAGGCAAAGGAACCCAAGCUCCUUGGUUGAAAGAAAAGUAUUGCGUAUGUCAUCUGUCUACGGGAGAUAUGCUCAGAGCAGAGGUAGGCUCUGGCUCAGAGCUAGGUCGUCGCCUAAAGAAAGUAAUGGAUGAAGGAAAACUAGUAUCAGAUGAUAUGGUGGUGGACAUGAUUGAUAAAAACUUGGACAAACCUGAGUGUAAGAAUGGAUUCUUGCUGGAUGGUUUCCCCAGAAGUGUUCCACAGGCGGAAAAGCUUGAUGGCCUGCUAGCUAAGAGGAAGUCAGCAUUAGAUGCAGUAAUUGAAUUUGGAAUAGAGGACAGUUUAUUAGUGCGUAGAAUAACUGGCAGAUUGAUUCACCCAUCUAGUGGUCGGAGUUACCAUGAGGAGUUUCACCCUCCCAAAAAGUCAAUGACUGAUGACAUAACUGGGGAACCCUUAGUAAAGAGGUCUGAUGACAACGUAGAUGCUCUUAAGAAACGGUUAGCAACAUAUCAUCAACAAACAGUUCCUUUAGUAGACUACUACAUGAGGCAAGGCCUACAUCAUAGAGUGGAUGCAUCUAAGUCUGCUGAAGAUGUGUUCAGCAAAAUUGAUAACAUCUUUAAGACUCGUAUCUUCAGCAGAGCAAGAUCAUCAUUAUAAUUUUAUUAAUAAGUGAAAUGAUUUGUACAAACUUUUUACUAAUAAUAAUUCAUUUGGUGACUGUUUAAGUAUUUACUGUUUUUCAUGAUCAUAGUUAAAUCUAUUUUAGAGAUUUUUUUCUUGUACAAAUACAGUGGAUAUUGGAAA